AAACUCCCAUCAGUUUGGUUCAGUUUCGGUCACCGUUUACUCUAAACGGAUUAAGAGACGGUUACGGGUGGUGGAUGAGACGCAGCUGCUGGACAUAGCCGGUGGUCCAGAUUUUGAUCAAAUAAGUCACAUUGAGGCAUCCGUGCCGCAGUCAUCGUGAGGCGAUGUGCUCGGGCGGGAUGAUCGGUGAGGUGUUCCACUGACCGCGCCCUCGUUUCUCGCCCAUAAACCGCUAGUAUUGGAAAAGAGAGGGAGUACCGGGAGAGCGGGGAUUUGCUGUAUCGUUUCAUACGGGCAUGCAGGUGGAGCGGCUCGACUCGCGCGCGCGCACACACACACAGUCAUCGUCUGUACGAGUGCACGCGUCGCAUUUCUCCUCUCUGGACUAUACAAAAGAUACACGCAAAAAAUUCCGCUGAGAAGUGUGGAUAAAGCGCACGCACUCUGAAACAUUUAGCAACCAAAAGCAGAUCCAUCUUCAAUAAAGGAUUUCUGAAGGCACCAACUGGAUCUGUCCGACUCAUCCCCUGCUCAGUGGAAUGCAGACGUACCUCUCUGGAGGUUUUCUGGUGAAAAGGAAAUCAUGCUUUGACCUACUACCCACAAAAACCAAAAUACAACUGCAGCAGUAAUCCUACUUUCACCAGAGGGUGAGAUGCAUAAAUCAGUCUUUUAACAUGUUGAGUCAACUAGAUUUUUAGGCCAGUUAUAGAUUUCAAAGCGCUACGUACUGUGUGAGGUUCUUUUUCUCGGAUUACAGAAGUAUUCCUCAACGGAGAUGUUCGGAGCAGAAUCAAGAUGGAGAAUCAAAACUUAAAUACUAGGGGGUUUUAGAAAACUGGGACCUUACUAGUUCAGCAACGCUAUUUUUGAAAAGGCCAGAUAAAUUAAUACUCUAAACUUGGAAUAAAUCUCCUUCGCAGUGGAUUAAGAGAAACCAAACGUUAGAAAAGAAGGAUUAGGAGCACGCUUGGAAGAUGAUGACGUGGAUGUGGAGGUGCGGCGCGAGGUUGUUGCUGGGGCUGAUAGUGGCCGUCUCGCUGUCCGUGGCCCUGGAGUUUGACGGCCUGCCGGGUCAGUGGGUCCGCUACAGACCCUGGGAAGCAGGUGCCACCGGAGAGCUGAGCUUCACCAUGAAGACCAACAUCAGCAAGGCUGUAGUGCUGUACAUGGACGAUGGAGGUAACUGCGAUUUCCUGGAGCUGCUGGUCAACAACGGUCGCUUGCAGUUGCGAUUCGCCAUCCACUGCGGCGAGCCGGCUUCGUUGCACAUGGAGACGCACAUCAACGAUGAGCGUUGGCAUCGUGUGCUGCUCACGAGGAACUACCGCGAGACCAUGCUGGUGAUGGACGGAGAGGCCAAAGUGGCGGAAGUGAAAUCCAAGCGUAGAGAGAUGAUGGUAGCCAGCGACUUAUACGUUGGUGGGAUUCCACCAGAUGUCCGUCUGUCGGCCCUCACGUCCAGCACCGUCAAAUACGAGCCGCCUUUCCGAGGCCUGAUCGCCAACCUGAAGUUAGGGGAGACUACUCCUGUGCUCCUGGAUAGCCAGGGGGUGAAAGACGAUCUGGAAUAUCUGUGUACCAAGCAAAACCCCUGCAGCAAUGGAGGACGUUGCUCCAUUCGCGAAAGUGAGGUGCUUUGCGAUUGCACUAAUACAGGCUAUAAAGGGAAAUACUGCAGCGAAGCUCUCCAGCAAGUUCUGGGAGGUCUGGCGCACCUGACGUUAAAGAGCCAAGCCCCAGGAGCAGCUCCUCUGACGGCCAUUCCAACAGCAGGUGAUCCCCAAUCAGGCCAAGCGGAGUCAGUGGCCACGUUCAAGGGUAACGAGUUCUUCAGCUACGACCUGUCCCAGAAGCCCAUCCAGAGCAGCACAGAUGAGAUUACGCUGUCCUUCCGGACUCUGCAGCGAAACGGCCUCCUGCUCCACACCGGCAAAUCGGCAGAUUACGUCAACCUGUCUCUGAAAAGCGGAGCAGUGUGCCUGGUCAUCAACCUGGGUUCAGGUGCCUUCGAGGCUCUGGUGGAGCCAUCCGACGGCAAGUUUAACGACAAUGCAUGGCACGCCGUCCGUGUGUCCCGCAACCUGCGUCAGCGCGCAGGGGUCGGACUCCCUACGGUAAACAAACUGCAUUAUAUGGUUACCAUAUCAGUGGACGGGCUGCUGACCACCACAGGCUACACUCAGGAGGACUACACCAUGCUGGGAUCUGAUGAUUUCUUCUACGUAGGAGGCAGCCCGAACACCGCGGAUCUGCCCGGCUCCCCCGUGAGCAACAACUUCAUGGGUUGCCUCAAAGAUGUGGUGUACACCAAUAAUGAGUUCAGACUGGAGCUCUCCCGCCUGGCUGAAUCGCACGACCCCAAGGUCACUCUCCACGGUGACCUGACCUUCCGCUGCGAAGACAUCACCGCUUUAGACCCCAUCAGUUUCGACACGCCAGCUGCUUACGUAACCCUGCCGCGCUGGAACGCCAAGAAAACCGGCUCGGUGUCCUUCGACUUUCGCACCACAGAGCCCAACGGCCUCCUGCUGUUCAGUCACGGGCGGCAGCAGGGUGCGAAAGACCGCAGACCGAGGGUGGACUUCUUCGCAAUGGAGCUGCUUGAUGGAUUUCUCUACCUGCUCAUGGACAUGGGCUCUGGUAGCAUCAAAAUGAAAACUGGGAACAAGAAGGUUAACGAUGGGGAAUGGUGCCACGUGGAUUUCCAGAGAGAGGGCAGGAAAGGCUCCAUCUCUGUUAAUGGUCGCAGCAUCCCCUUCUCCACCAACGAGGGGAGUGAGAUCCUUGAUUUGGAUGGUGAAAUGUACCUGGGGGGUCUGCCCGAAGACAGCGGCGGUCUCCCUCUCCCCCCAGAAGUGUGGACCGCCUCCCUCAGGCUGGGCUUUGUGGGCUGCGUGCGGGACCUCUUUGUAGAUGGGCGCAGCAAAGACCUGCGACGUCUGGCCGAGCUUCAAAGCUCUCCGGACGUUAGCAGUUUUUGCACGAGAGAGACCCAUCGGAGGUGCAGCUCCGAGCCGUGCGUCCACGGAGGGCGCUGCCGCGAGGGUUGGAACCGACAUGUGUGCGACUGCACCGGGACUGGAUAUCUGGGCCCCAACUGUGAGAUGGAGUCCGCAGUGCUGAGUUAUGAUGGCAGCAUGUUUCUGAAGGUCCUGAUGCCUCAUGCUGUUCACACCGAGGCUGAGGAUGUUUCUCUGCGCUUCAUGUCUCAAAGAGCUUAUGGUCUGCUCAUGGCCACCACCUCCAAAGAGUCUGCCGACACCCUGCGCCUGGAGCUGGACGGGGGAAGAGUCAGACUCACCGUCAACCUAGAUUGUAUCGGGAUAGACUGUAACCUUAGUAAGUGAUUCUUUUAUCUGCAAUGCUAUUUCUCUCUGUCUCUGUCUCUCUCUCUCUUUCAUGCUCAGUCUCAAAUCAUCCAAAGUUUCUUCUCCACCUUCGUAAUCCUGUCUUCCUGCACCGUUAGCGCAAAUAUACUUUGAACGUGUUCCCAAUUUGCAUCUCUCUCUCCCUCUCUCCCCAACAUGCGCCUUCCCUCAAUCUCUUUUGUUCCGCAAAAUAUGCCGAUUUGCUGCGGUGUUUGAAAUUAAGCAUAACCAUCCCGACAGUUUCCAUUUCGACACCAUAUGUUCCCCACCGCUCCUCAGAUGAUCUAGAACGUUUCACGUCCCCACGGGACUCCGUUACAUAAGAUACAAUAAUAAACCGUAUGAUAAAAUGAGAAAUGUAUUCAUU